UUAAAGUUUUUUCAUUUCCACUUAGUCUUCACUUCACACCUUACGACUCUCUCUCUCAUCACUGAUCACUCAUCACUCAGAGAGAGAGAGAGAGAGAGAGAGAAGCGAUGAACAAAAGGCUUCUUCAGAUCCUAUUGUUCCUCUUCGUCUUCAACUCUUUCUCUCUCUGUCUCUACUUCACAAUCCAUCAUCAAUCUUCUUCUCUCAACCCUUCUUCUCCAACACUUUCCAAUUCAAAUCAAAACAAUACACCUUUGAAACGACCCUUUAUAGAGAAACAACAAAAAAUCCAUUUCUCAAAUUCAAAACCAUGGCCAAUUCUUCCCUCUUACCUACCUUGGUCACAAACCUCUUCUUCUACUCCUCUUCGCUCUUGCGAAGGCUAUUUUGGAAAUGGUUUCACGCGCCGUCUUGAUGUAUUCUCUGGUGACGACGGAGGUGGGUGGUUUCGGUGUUGGUAUAGUGAGACAUUGAGGAGUUCGGUCUGUGAAGGUGGGAGAGUUCGUAUGGUGUUGGAAAAGAUUGGAAUGGCGAAAGGUGGUGAAGAUUUGGUUGAUGUUAUUGGAAGAAGGGAAGAGGAAGAGUUACCUUUGUUUGAAAAGGGUGCUUUUGAGAUUGAUGGUGGUCAUAGGUUUGGUGAAGAUGGUGAUGAGAAGAUGGUUGUUGAUAGUGAGUUUUUGGAUUUGUAUGUUCCUAGAGGUGAUAUUAUGAGACAUACUAUGCGUGAUUUGAUUAGUAAGAUUCGGAUCGUUCCAAAGAAGGAAUUUGUUUGUGAUCAGUGGAUUGAGGAACCAACACUUCUGGUGACACGCUUUGAAUACGCUAAUCUUUUUCACACUGUUACAGACUGGUACAGUGCAUAUGUUUCUUCUAGAGUUACUGGCUUGCCUAAUCGACCUCAUUUGAUCUUUUUAGAUGGCCAUUGUAAGGCUCCACUUGAAGAGACGUGGAAAGCGUUAUUCUCGAGCCUCAGAUAUGCUAAAAACUUCAGUGGAACAGUUUGUUUUCGUCAUGCUAUUCUCUCACCUUUGGGAUACGAGACUGCUUUAUUUAAAGGGCUAACGGAAGAUAUAUAUUGCGAAGGAGCUUCUGCACAAGAAUUGCGGCAAAAGCCUGAUAGUCAAAAAACUGCGCGUCUUUCCGAGUUUGGAGAAAUGAUCCAAGCAGCAUUUGGACUACCUUUAACCUUAAACCGCGGUGCAAAAUCAGUCUCUGGACAUAACAUCCUCUUUGUUCGCCGAGAAGAUUAUUUAGCUCAUCCGCGUCAUGGUGGUAAAGUUGAAUCAAGACUAAGUAACGAGGCGGAAGUGUUCAAUUCCUUGAACAAUUGGGCAUCUAAUUAUAAAAGGUGUAAAAUCGACCUUGCCAACGGAUUGUUUGCACACAUGUCUAUGAAAGAGCAGGUACGAGCCAUUCAAGAUGCAUCUGUGAUCGUUGGUGCUCAUGGUGCCGGUCUUACUCACAUAGUAUCUGCAUUACCUAAAACUGUGAUUCUAGAGAUUAUUAGCAGCCAAUUCAGGCGUCCACAUUUUGCAUACAUUGCACAGUGGAAAGGGUUGGAGUACCACGCAAUUAACCUUGAUGGAUCAUAUGCCAAUCCUGAAACUGUGAUCAAUACCCUUGUCAGCAUAAUGAAAAGCCUUGGAUGUUGAGUGUUUUGGGCUUGGACUUGAAACUGACAAUAUGUAACACCAACACCUCGGAUUGAAGACGUGUCCAACACAUGUCAGACACCAAUACUUAUGGUUACAUUCAAUUACUCUCACUUUAUGAACUUAUUAUUGAUGUCUACGUAUCAAUGUACGGUGUCUGUGUUAGUGUCCGGUGUCUGUGUUUCAUGGAGCUGAUGAUAUCUGAGCUUGAGUAGUUGAAUGGCGGGCAAUCUCAAAAUUUAUUAUUACUUGUAUCUCAUCCACGUCAAGCAAUCUCUAACCUUAUUAUAACUACAUCCAGAUUGGGUCGGUUACCGAGCUGAAAGAAUUGCUGAUAUGAUGUUGUAGCAGAAAUAGCACUUAACAUAACAAAUUAUAUCAUGUCCAUGUUCAACUGAAGAAGGUUGCAAAAUUCAGCGUCAUGGGAAAAUAGUUCAAAUUGUGUUGAUUUAUGUAAACCAUAUUAGCUUGUUGUGGAAGUUUAGGUGUAUUAUUGAUGAGCCAACUGAGAUGUUGAUAGUACCUUAUACAGAUGCAAGGUCCCAAUUAUUUGUUUUGUCCAUUGUUUCUUCCACAAAUUAGGGCUGUGUUGUAUCAUAGGUGAUUCCUUACCACUAUUUUGUUUAUCGGAAUCAUUUUGAAACAGAUACUGUGUUAUUGAAAAUUGAGGUAAACUAUACAAAUUGCAUCUCUGGGUAUGUAUCAAUCAAUUUUUUUGCUGACA